AUGCUGCUUAAAUUUCUUUUCUUUGGAGUAAUUGUCUUUGUGCUGAUUUAUUGGAUUUUACCCACAUGUAUCAGUUGGUAUCUUGUGAAGAAAUUCAAAGUUAAAGUGAAGAUAGGUCGCGUUUGUGUACUAAAUUUUGCUUUAAGAAAUGUUAACGUCAGCAAAAGUGGCUUCUCAGUGCAAAUUGAGGAAAUAUAUUUACGGAGUAGUAUUUUUAAUAGUGAUAGUAGUAAAUUUAUAGCAAUUUACGUUAAAGAUAUACGAAUCAACAAGGACAUCCAAAAUGGAAGUAAUGAGAACUCAGAUUAUGAAAACGAUUAUAAUGCACAGGCACAAAGUAAAAAGCGUAAGCAUAAUGUGCCCGAUUUUAGAUAUGCCACAGUACCACCGAGAGUGCUUGGCUUUGCACAGUUUAUGGCUGUGCAUAUGAAUAAUAUAUCUGUAGUCUUAAUGAACAAUGACUUUGAUCCUGGUUGGUUUAUACAUGCAACUGCUAAGGACCUACAUUUAGAUGGCAGUAUUGUACACAACUCAAAAACAUUGUUAGUCAAUGCUGCACUCAAUGAAGCACAGGCAAAAAUGUUACGCCAUUGUCCGACACGUCGUCAGAGCCUGGAAAACUUAAAUAAAAUACGCCCUUGCUUAGGUGAAAUAAGUUUUGAUAUUGCGCUCGACGUUACAAUAUGUGCACAAAAACCUUUGGCAGUAAAUAAUUUAUCGCUAGUAGUUAAUAAUGCUAAGUCAAUAAUACAUGGCGGUCUUUAUGACUUUUUGCGUGAGGCUAAAAAGCGUACUAACACUUCUACUAAUAAUGAAACCAAAAAAAGGCAAUUAAUUUUUUCAGAAGAAAUUCCUAACAAUCAAAAUAAUGAUUCCUAUUUGAAAAUCGCACCAAUUAUACCAAAAAAUUUUAAUUUUAUGGUGCAAGCAGCAACAUUCUCUACCAUGAAAGAGAAUUCACAAAAUGAUUUUAGUGCUAAAAUGCAAUUAUUUAGUAUAAGUGGCAAAUUCAAUGCAAAAUCUCCCUAUGAAGAUGCUUUUCUACCCACUCUGGUUACUAAGGUGCUACUACAACAUUUGGACAUUGACACAAAAUAUGAAAAACUCUUGUUUAUUGAAACGUUUUCAAUCGAUUCAUUACUGGACAAUGAUAUUCUUAAUCUCUUUAUUAAACUUAAAACAUUCCAAAUAAUAUAUAACCACACUGAAAUAUAUGAUUGGGUGCACGAUAAUUUACUCUCGACGGAUCACAACAAUCCUAAGUUCUUGCUGUUAAGUCAAAAACAAAAAUCUCUACCUGAGCAACAUAGCCAAGAUAAUUUUAAUAUUGGACGCACAAAUGAUGGUCGACAUUUAACCACUAAAGCAGAUUAUCGCCAACAGAGUUAUUUUGAAUCUAUAAUGCAGCGAAUUGUAGUCAAAGGGUGUGUUGAACUAUUUAAUGUAUCUAUGCUUACAAAACUUGAUGAUGAAAAUGCUGGCAUGAGUGUUAGUCAUGUUCGUUUGGUGCUCGAACAAUAUGAUGAUAAACGAAGUUCAGUUUAUAAAAAGAAAUUUUUAAAUAUGUUACUCGGCCAACGUCACUGGAGUACUGAAUUAAUGAUAGAGUCGCUAUGGUGGUCUUUGGGUUACUCUAUAAAUGAUACCAACAAUUUGAAAAAAUCCCAUUCCUUGGGCUCACCUUUUUUUCUUGGUGUCUGUCUUAUUAAAUUAAAUUCAUAUGCAAAUGUGACGAAGCUUGAGCUCUCUAUACAUACACUUCGUACAGAGUAUAGCGUUAAUUUAGCGCAAUUCCUAAUAAAAAGUAUGCAAUGCGUUCAACAAUAUCGUGCAAUAUUAAGCUCCGAUCAAACUAAAGCGUUACCCAUUCAGUCAGCGUCAACAUCAUAUGGUACAGCUUUACUAGUAUCUGUAAAAGUGAAAGAUAUAACAGCGUAUUUUAUAAAUCAUCACCAAGCGUGUUUGUUGCUUAGCUUUAAAGAAUUCACACUUACACGUACCCAACAAAUUACUCAUCUUAAAUUGGAGGAAUUUCAAAUGGCUAUUAUGCGUUCCAUGACAUCAUCAUCUUUAUGUCUAAAUGAUUUUACAGAUAUUUUUGCUAAUUGUAAAAUAAUACGCAUUGAGUUUGAGAAUCAUGAAAGUAGGAGUUCUAAACUAAUGGUUUAUAUUCCGGGCAAUACACAAGUCUUGUGGAACUCAAAUUUUCACAUGCACGCUUUAACAUUGGCAAGAGAUAUGCAGAAUUUGGCUACACAGCUUGGUAUACCAAAGAGCGAAGAUGCUACCAGUAAGAACAAAACAAAGAAGAGUAUUAUCAUUGAAGUAUCGGCUGAGCGUAGCUCUAUAUUUGAGCUUAAACUAUCAGAUCGUCAUAGUAUGCAAUUGUUUUUCGAGAAUUUAUUCUUUAGGCAUAAGGAUGACAAUUUCAUCUCGGCUGAGAAUAUUUUUAUAAAAAUUGAUGAUCAGCACAUAUUUACUCUAAAAGACGUAGAUGUUCAUUCGUUGCCAAAGCUGGAUAUGUUGACACUUGCACGUGUCAAUUGUGAAGGGUUUUUGCUACCAUGCAAUAAGGUAUGGGUGACUACAAUCGGAGUGUUUAAGGCAAUAUUUCCCUAUGACCACGACUUUUAUGAUGCCAUCAACAACCAAUUCGUUUCUCACUUCAAGUGGCUUAAAAUGGUACACAAUUAUAAGAAGAAACCAUUCACAGCGAGUUCACCAUUGCCAAGUGACUUAGUAAUACAGAUUAAAGAAUUCUUACUUGAAAUUAGCGAUGAUCCAUUUGAAGUGAAGUUACGUGAUAAUUACGUUUUGUUGUUAGAUGAGUAUUUGGAGAGUUUGAAACGUAGAGCACUUUUCGAUAAAAAAAUUGCUGAGCGUUGCUCAGAAAGACUUUUGGUGCCUGCUGGUACUAUUGAGAGUCUUCUCGCAAAUUUAGUUAAAAAGAACUCAGAGAUUUAUAUACAACGGUCUAAAAAAAUCAAUGAGAAAGGACCAGUGCGAACGCGUCUUCUAGCUUGGAUAAUGACUGAUGUGGAGAUUAUGGCAAUGGCUGAUCCCUCAAUACAUGGUACAGAAAAUGUAACGCGUAUUAUGCGUGAUAUAGACUCUGAAAGUCCAUGGCCGGAGGAGGGCUUAGAAUUCACAACACUGUGGUGCAGAAGUAUCAACGUUAGUUGCUCUGAAUGGAAAUUCAUGUUAAGAGAUUUUCCGCAGCCUAUGUUCUAUGUAAAAGCAAUGCGUCUUUAUGGCAAUUUGUGUGGUGCUGAACAGGUUGCAUACAAACGAGCUAAACGUGAUGUUUUAAUAGAAGUCGGUCAUCCUUUUGAAACCGAUGUUGUGCAGCGCAGCAUGACGUCAUUAAAGUUUUACCAUGACUUUGAUUGUGAGUUGGAGUGUUGUAGUUAUGCUUUUGGCCCUUGCUGGGAGCCUGUGAUGGCGCAAUGUAAUCUUAGUUUUGAAAAAAUUUCUGCACCGUCUAAAGAUCCAAGUCCAGCCCUACCGUUUUGGGAUAAAAUGCGUUUACUGUUUCAUGGUCGCUUGACGAUGAUUGUGAAGCAAUUUACAGUAUUACUGCAUGCUUCACUUGAUCCCUACAAUACAACUGAAGAAAUGGAAUUAACCUGGAAUAAUGCUGGUAUUGUUUGGACAAAUGCAAAAAUUAUGUUUAAAGGCGAGCUUAAUGUAACUGUGCGCACAGCUUCACGCUAUGAUGAUUGCCGUUUAUUACAUUUUCCUAAUUUAAAACUU